GUGGCUGUGCACUUUGCGAGUGGGUGUCUGAGUUCAACGGCGCAUCUGGCGCUGUUGGGCUUGUUUUCGUCAAUCAGAGGGAAGCAGCACGAUGAUCCCCUUCGGUAUGCGAUCCGGCCGAGUGUCCCACGUUUGCGUGACGACAAUCAGACAUCAAAUCUGCCCUGGCGCCGCCAUUCCAGCGCAUCGUCAGUUCACGUUGAGGUGAAGAGCGGACUGGAGUCUCAUUUUCGCAUCACGCAUGCAGCUGAGAAGUGCUGA